CUAGAUGAUCACUAACAUCCCUUUCAGCUUUAAGACUCUUCCAGGGAUAUUGGGGACACGUAAUUCUUAUCGUGAGAUACGAAAGGAUUGGUUCGGAGUAGGCGCGGUGGGGCGGGGCCCUGUAGGAAAACACUGACCCCCUUCGACUCGGUCUCGCAGCUGGAAGGACCCCCCGAUUCCGGCGCGAGGGCUGCGGGCGGGCCAGCGGGGCCUUCUCUCCAGACUCCCGGCGUUAGGGGAGCAGGGGCGCGCUGGCGGUCAGGCGGGCGGAACCGGGAAGAGGAUUCGUUCGUCAGCCUCACGCGCGGAGAAGGAAGCCGACCCACGGCCCUGGGCGGCCGGUGCGGGCUCCUCGGCACGUCCGCAGGCUCCACUGGGCGGUGGCAGCUGCUGAGAGGCUGGAGAACCGAGGGCGGGCCUGGGAGGCGGCCCGGAGGUGGGGCGUCAGCCGGGGCCCGCAGGCGCGGGCUUCAUCUGCAGACGCACGGCCUGCGCCCCAGUGCUGAGUUCUCCGAGGUGCAAGGCGACGAGUGGCAAGAGCGGCUAUGGGCAGCCACUGGGGCUUCCUGAUCGGCCUCCUGGGAGCCGUGUGGAUGCUUCGCUCCGGCCACAGCGAGCAGCAGCCCCCGGAGACGGCGGCGCAGAGGUGCUUCUGUCAGGUUAGUGGUUACUUGGAUGAUUGUACCUGUGAUGUUGAAACCAUCGAUAAAUUUAAUAACUACAGGCUUUUCCCAAGACUACAAAAACUUCUUGAGAGUGACUACUUUAGAUAUUACAAGGUAAACUUGAAGAGGCCAUGUCCUUUCUGGAAUGAUAUCAACCAGUGUGGAAGAAGAGACUGUGCUGUGAAGCCUUGUCAGUUUGAUGAAGUUCCUGAUGGAAUUAAAUCUGCAAGCUACAAGUAUUCUGAAGAAGCCAACAAUCUCAUUGAAGAAUGUGAACAAGCUGAACGACUUGGAGCUGUGGAUGAAUCUUUGAGUGAGGAAACGCAGAAGGCUGUUCUUCAGUGGACCAAGCAUGAUUCCUCAGACAACUUCUGUGAAGCUGAUGACAUACAGUCUCCCGAUGCUGAAUAUGUAGAUUUGCUCCUUAAUCCCGAGCGCUACACCGGAUACAAGGGACCAGAUGCUUGGAAGAUAUGGAAUGUCAUUUAUGAAGAAAACUGUUUUAAGCCACAGGCAAUUAAAAGACCUUUAAAUCCUUUGGCGGCUGGUCAAGGGAAAAGUGAAGAGAACACUUUUUACAGUUGGCUAGAAGGCCUCUGUGUAGAAAAAAGAGCAUUCUACAGACUUAUAUCCGGCCUACAUGCAAGCAUUAACGUGCAUUUGAGUGCACGAUAUCUUCUACAAGAUACCUGGUUGGAACAGAAAUGGGGACACAACAUUACAGAAUUUCAGCAGCGGUUUGAUGGAAUUUUGACUAAAGGAGAAGGGCCAAGAAGGCUUAAGAACUUGUAUUUUAUCUACUUAAUAGAAUUAAGAGCUUUAUCUAAAGUGGUACCUUUCUUUGAACGCCCAGAUUUUCAGCUCUUCACUGGAAAUAAAGUUCAGGAUGCAGAAAACAAAAUGUUACUUCUGGAAAUACUUCAUGAAAUCAAGUCAUUUCCUUUGCAUUUUGAUGAGAAUUCACUUUUUGCUGGGGAUAAAAAAGAAGCAAACAAACUAAAGGAAGAAUUUCGACUGCAUUUUAGAAAUAUUUCAAGAAUCAUGGAUUGUGUUGGUUGUUUUAAAUGUAGGCUGUGGGGAAAGCUUCAGACUCAGGGUUUGGGUACUGCUCUGAAGAUCCUGUUUUCUGAAAAACUGAUAGCAAAUAUGCCAGAAAGUGGGCCCAGUUAUGAAUUUCAUCUCACCAGACAAGAAAUAGUAUCAUUAUUUAAUGCAUUUGGCAGAAUUUCUACAAGUGUGAAAGAAUUAGAAAACUUCAGGGACUUGUUACAAAAUAUACAUUAAAGAAAACAAGUUGAAAUGUGCCUGUUUCUGGACAAUGGCGGUCAAAGAGUGGAAUUUCAUUCAAAGGCGUAAUAACAAUGACAGUCUUAAGGCAAACAUUUUACAUAAAGCUGCUUUUGUAAAAGGAGAAUUAUAGUUUUAAGUAAACAAUUUUUUAAAUUGUGUUAAGUCUAUGUAUAAUAUUAUUGUGAGUAAAAGUAAUACUUGAUAACGUGGUACAAUUUUAAAGUUUAAUAUUGAAUAAAACCAGGAUUAUUAAAUUCA